UUCUGUAUCCGCAGUCACAUGACAUUACUUCCUGGAUCACAUUUGUUUGUGCAGCGGCCAAAAACAUGUUUUAUUGUUAUUGCAGGCAAUAACAAACGGAAUCUUCCAGCAAAAUAUGACUGAAGGAGAAACGGCGUUAAAUAAAAUAUAAGGAUAUAGCUAAACAAGUCAAUUAAAUCAAUAGAUAUACAUUUUCGCCAAUAUCUUGACAGAUUGCGGCAACGUCUUCGGUCGAUAACAGAUAAAUAUCCUGGCUACUGUUAUCUAUGUCGUUAUUAGCUUGCUAGCUGGUUGCAUGUGUGUUAUAUUUGGCGAUAAAUAUAUAACUGAAAUCUAUAAACAACUGGCUAGCUAGACAAUGACAACCUCGAUACAGACAUAACAUCUAACAUUUUUUUUAAUUUUUUUUUGCUAGGAAGCUACUGUAGCUUGCUACUAGUAGCGAACCAAGUCAGCAGAAUAUAGCUAACGUUAGCUAGACAGCCUCCGAAAUAACGGGAAACAGGUUGUUGGCAAACUGUUGUGUCAGUAGAAAGGUUUUCUAUUUGAACUAAGCAGGACAUACAGAAUUGCUGUGGAAAAAAAAUGUCAAAAUACACAAAUUUUCCGGAACCAGGCGACGACCACAACCCUUUCCAGUGAUGUUUAUCUUGUCUGUGUGUCAGGACCCUGCAGUGACUCAACACAGCAGCAACACUGAGUAUGCCACACUGGAUCUUUACAACCCAUUUGACAAUAAAAAUGGGCCCCCACCACCAGCCUAUGCAGCAACUGCACCAUCCGCCCCCCAACCUGUUGUUCCUGCAACAACCCCACCCAGUAGGACUACACCCACAGAGCCCCGCAACUAUGGCACCUCCUUCACCCCCCAGCAGACCGCGGUCAAUGCCACCACAGCAGAGCUCCUGAGGAAGCAGGAAGAACUUGAGAAGAAAGCCCGCGAGCUGGAGAGGAGGGAGAGGGAGCUGGACUCGCACGCCCUCGGCCCUGGAGCCACUCGUCAGAAUAACUGGCCUCCCCUGCCCUCUUUCUGCCCUGUGGGACCCUGCUUCUACCAAGACAUCAACAUGGAGAUCAGCCAGAGCUUCCAACGCACUGUCUCCAUCAUGUAUUACUACUGGAUGUUCACAGCCUGCACACUGGUGUUUAACUUAAUGUCCUGCCUGAGUCUGUUCUGUGUGGACACUUCUGGUGGUGUUGGGCUGGGCCUGGCCAUCCUCUGGGUCCUCCUAUUCACCCCCUGCUCAUUUGUCUGUUGGUACAGGCCUGUGUACAAAGCCUUCAGGAGUGACAGCUCCUUCAACUUCUUCGCCUUCUUCUUCAUUUUUUUCGUCCAAGUGAUCUUCUACGUCAUCAUGACCAUUGGCAUUCCUGGUUGGGGUUUCAGUGGCUGGAUUGUGAGUCUGGCUGCUCUGAAGACUAGCGUGCCUGUUGGUGUGAUCAUGAUGCUCAAUUCCAUCCUAUUCACUGCCCAGGCUGCCAUGGGGGUCGUCUUGCUCAAGCGGGUCCACUCUCUGUACAGGCAGACCGGUGCCAGCUUCGUGAAGGCUCAGGCUGAGUUUGCCACUGGAGUGAUGUCCAAUCAGGCUGUACGCCAGGCAGCUGCCAGCGCCACUGCUUCUGCAGCUCAGGGGGCCUUUACUGGUGCUGCUCGAUAGAGAGAGGGAAGGCAAGCAAGUAGGGCAAGGGAGCUGGUAGAGAGCGAGAGAGGAGUAGGUACAGUAUGUAUGAGGGUGUACACUACAAAAGAAGUAGGCAAGACUCAGGUGUUUUGAUAAAUUGUUACAUCAAAGUAGGUGAAAGGGGUGGGACUUGAGUUUGUGAUGGAUGCACAGAAGUGAUGCUCCAUAUUCAACACUUAAUUAACAGCCGAACGGUUCAAUUAUCUGUGGCCAAUGCUAUUAUGGUUGUUAAAGUGAGCUCUAAAAAGUCAAUUGUCUUGAUAUCCCAAAUGAGAAUGCCUACCUAUUUACACACACUAUCUUUGCCAAAAUCACAACUGUAAAUGAGAAAAACACGUUGUUUUGGGUUGUAAUAUUAUUGCUAUUAUUAUGUUAUGUUGAUGCUGUAUUUGGUUGUCAUGGUUGCCAUUGUUCUUUCUUGGUUUGAAUAAAAAUCAGUUGAUACGCUCAAUAUUUUCUACUUCCCUUUGGUCACUUCACCAAUACAGUAUCAUUAGUCAUGUCAGUAGCCUAACCUAAUAGUGUAUGUGUAGGCCUAUUACGUCUAAGACUAAUAUGGGCAGAGCGUGUUAUUCAGUGUUGUAUAUAAUGUAGCGUUUCUGAAAACCUCUUCAAUGGACUGAUAAAGAUGUACUUUAGUCUUCCCUACAGACUCCUGGGAAACUACAUCAAUGAUGCAUCCUUUUAGUCAUCAUUUCUGUUAUUUCUGUAACUUGUGUUUAAUAUACUGAACAAAAAUAUAAACGCAACAUGUAAAGUGUUGGUCCCAUGUUUCUUGAGCUGAAAUAAAAGAUUCCAGAUAUGUUC